CAGUGUGGGUGGGGACUGCUAGGCUCUCCCACCCUCCGGGCCCAGGCUGUUUCCUUUCAUCCAAGUUACACACAUGCACAGAAAACCUCUGUCCCGCUUCCUUCGAUGAGGACUCAGGCCCAGGCUGAGCUCUUCCACCAAAGCCACCUAAGCCAAUGACUUCAGCUGUUACAAAUGGAAUGAAGGACAGUUCUGUUUCUCUUCAGGAUGCAGAAUGGUACUGGGGGGAUAUUUCAAGGGAGGAGGUAAAUGACAAAUUACGGGAUAUGCCAGAUGGUACAUUUUUGGUCAGAGAUGCUUCAACAAAAAUGCAGGGAGAUUACACCUUGACUUUGCGGAAGGGAGGCAAUAAUAAGUUAAUAAAGAUCUAUCAUCGCGAUGGUAAAUACGGCUUUUCUGAUCCUCUGACAUUUAAUUCUGUGGUGGAGCUCAUUAACCACUAUCAUCAUGAAUCUCUUGCUCAGUACAAUCCCAAACUUGAUGUGAAGCUCAUGUACCCAGUGUCCAGAUACCAACAGGAUCAAUUGGUAAAAGAAGAUAACAUAGAUGCAGUAGGUAAAAAACUCCAAGAGUACCAUUCUCAGUAUCAGGAAAAGAGUAAGGAGUAUGACAGGCUAUAUGAGGAAUAUACCAGAACAUCACAGGAAAUACAGAUGAAGAGGACUGCAAUUGAAGCUUUUAAUGAAACAAUUAAAAUAUUUGAAGAGCAGUGUCACACACAAGAACAACAUAGCAAAGAAUAUAUCGAGCGAUUUCGUAGAGAGGGGAAUGAAAAGGAAAUUGAACGAAUUAUGAUGAAUUAUGACAAAUUGAAAUCACGUCUGGGUGAGAUUCAUGAUAGCAAAAUGCGUCUAGAGCAAGAUUUGAAGAAACAAGCUUUGGACAACCGAGAAAUAGAUAAAAAAAUGAACAGUAUCAAACCUGACCUGAUCCAGCUGCGCAAGAUCCGAGAUCAGCACCUUGUAUGGCUCAAUCACAAAGGAGUCAGACAGAAGCGCCUAAAUGCCUGGCUAGGAAUCAAGAAUGAGGAUGCUGAUGAGACGUAUUUUAUCAAUGAGGAAGAUGAAAACCUGCCCCAUUAUGAUGAGAAAACCUGGUUUGUUGAGGAUAUCAAUCGAGUACAAGCAGAGGACUUGCUUUAUGGGAAACCUGAUGGUGCAUUCUUAAUUCGUGAGAGUAGCAAGAAAGGAUGUUAUGCUUGCUCCGUGGUUGCCGACGGGGAAGUGAAGCACUGUGUGAUCUACAGCACUGCUCGGGGCUACGGCUUCGCGGAGCCCUACAACCUGUACAGCUCGCUGAAGGAGCUGGUGCUCCAUUACCAGCAGACGUCCCUUGUCCAGCACAACGACUCCCUCAACGUCAGGCUUGCCUACCCUGUCCACGCACAGAUGCCCUCGCUCUGCAGAUAAAGAGGGAGUGGGAAGA